AAACUGGGACCCUCGAUUGAAAGCAACUAAAAAAGAAUACUCUGAUCUUUCCCAAGACAGAAGAGACCGGCCCGAAUCCUUUACGUACUUCCUCCAGCACUAGCUACUUAAGGACUGCAUCUCAAAGAUAAAAUUUCACCAUUCUCAACCCACAAAUGGCUCUACCUGAUUUCCAAGCCACCAUAUGGCUCCUUGUUCUCUUACUUCUUCACCUUGCGGUUCUCAUAAUCAAGAACAAGAUCAACUUAUCAGGAAGGAAGAACAGCAACCUGCAGCAGAUUCCACCACCUGGUCCUCCUAAACUUCCAAUACUGGGCAACUUAUAUCAGCUUGGUGCUUUGCCACACCAGUCACUCUGGCGAUUUGCCAAUAAAUAUGGCCCUGUUAUGCAAUUCCACUUCGGCAGGAUGCCCGCAGUGAUCAUCUCCUCCCCUGAAGCCGCCCAAGAAGUCAUGAAGGUUCAUGACAUUGACACUUGCAGCCGGCCAUCCCUGGUUGGCACUAGGAGGCUGACAUAUAACUAUCUGGACGUGGGGUUCUCACCUUAUGGAGACAACUGGAGGUUCAUGAGGAAAAUGAUCAUACUCGAGCUCUUCAGCGUGAAGAGGGUAAAGGCGUUUCGGUUUGUUCGGGAGGAAGAAGUUGGCCUGCUGAUCGACUCCAUCUCUGAAAUAUCAGCAUCUGGCUCCACCUUUGAUCUCACCGAGAAGUGUUUCUCUCUCACAGCAAACAUAACCUUCAGGAUGUCUUUUGGGUUCAAUUAUCACGGGAGUGACUUUGACAAAGGCAGGUUUCAUGAAGUGAUUCAUGAAGCUCAGGUUGUUAUGGGAACCAUAUCGGGGGAGGAGUGUUUCCCUCGACCAUUUGGUUGGAUUGUCGACAAAUUCAAUGGUCAUCAAGCAAGGAUUGAAAGAGUUUUCCAUGAGCUCGACACUUUCUACAGGCAUGUCAUCGAUGAACACCUUAAGCCCGGAAGGGAAGGAGCUGAGCAAGAUAUGAUAGAUGUGAUGCUGGCAAUCGAGAAGGAACAAUUUCAACUACACGGUAGAAAAUCUCAGUUCAGAAGAGAGAACAUCAAGGCAGUUUUUCUGGUAAGCCUCCCCAAUCUACACACUUCGUUUCCACCAAAAUAGAAAUUUUUUCCUCAAGCAAACACUAACUUUACUUGCCACUCAGAACCUGUUCUUAGGUGGAAUUGACACUGCCGCAUUAACUGUGACCUGGGCGAUGGCAGAGCUGUUGGCAAAUCCCAGAUUGAUGAAGAAAGCACAAGAUGAGGUCAGGGUCAUAGUUGGAGAGAAAGGCAGGGUAACCGAAGAUGACCUUGAAAAUUUGGAAUACAUGAAGCUGGUAAUCAAAGAAACUUUGAGACUCCAUCCGCCAGCCCCUCUUCUACUCCCUAGAGAAGCAUCAUCUCACUUGAAAAUCAGUGGAUACGAUAUUGCCCCCAAGACAAUGAUCUACGUCAAUGCCUGGGGAAUGGGACGGGACCCAAACUAUUGGAAGAAUGCUGACAAGUUCAUGCCUGAAAGAUUUGCAGAUAGCUCCCUGGAUUUCAGAGGGCACGACUUCGAGUACCUGCCAUUUGGAGCUGGUCGCAGAAUCUGUCCUGGAAUUAACAUGGGAAUAAUCUCCGUCGAAAUUGCACUGGCGAAUCUGCUGUACUGCUUUGACUGGAAACUCCCAAAUGGGAUGAAGCCCCAAGAUAUAACCAUGGAAGAGAAGACUGGCGCCAGUCUUUCUGUGGCCAGAAAGGAGCCUCUCAUACUCGUCCCUGUCAACUGGCUCAACAAGUAAACCAGCAGAAGCACAUCAGCGGGGCAAUAUGAAUCCAUAAGUGCUAAACCAUAUGUGUUAAUACUACUUGAAAAUUAUCUGUGCUACUACUAUAUAUGAUUUGUUUUGCUGCAAUUAGCGUGCAUAAAAAAACAUUAGAUAAACUUAUCUGGGAACAACUUUGUACUGCACAAUGAAUGCAGAUAUGAAAGCCAAGAACACCAUAGAUAACCUGAAAAUGGGAACAAUAGGGAGGGAAGCAACAGGUACAAUAAUCCUUAUGCAAGAAUAUUGAGCAGCAAGGAAAUAGGAGCAGAAAUGAAUGCAGAAUUAGCAAAAGCAAUGAUGCACAGGAAACCACUGCAUUUAGGGCUGGCAAGCAAAGUGGGCAAUUUGAUCUAUGGUGAUAAAUGGUGGUCACUAGAAAAGAUUGUUAUACCUGACUGAAUUGGCGCUACCCAAUCUCAAUACGCAAUAUGACUAUAGCGCAGUGGAAAAAGGAAAGCUUAUCCCAAAACCCCAAAACCGCAACUAGGGCAAAGAGAUUCAGACCGAAUAGAAAGAACAAAAGGGGGCUAUUCGAAGGCUGAAUUGCGGUCGUUGAACCCGAUUCACCGGUGGAAUUAUGUGAAUCGGGCAGAGUGUGACGACGUGAUUGGGUGAACUCGGCUUCGGAGAGGCGGAGGAGCAUAAUCGGCGCGGAGGAAUUUCACCUGGCAGCGACGAAUUUGACAGGGGGGAAUGGACUUAGGACGCCGAUCGCCGGACCGAGAGGAGAAAAUAAUCGGAGACCGGAUAAAGAAAAGGGAAAAAGUUCUCGCACGUGAGAAGGGAGACGUGUGCGACAUUUCGCGCCAAGAAUUCCCGCCAACAUAACCCUCCAUUCCGUCUUCUCUAGUCCAGUGCCUUCCUCCGCUCUCAUUUCAGUCGGCGAAAACAAAUAGCAGCAGAAAGAGUAAUUUCUCGGAGUAAUCGGAGUAUCCUAUAACCUAUUACCCGGCGGCGAAGGCUAGAGAUCAACUGCAGCGAGAGAGACAGAGAGAUGUCGGGCUGGGACGAAGGAGCCGUCUACUACAGCGACCAAGCGCAGUUCCCGGAGUCCGGCACCGACGGCGGCAGCGGCGGCCACAGCCGCCACACCAUCCUCCGGAAGUUGAAGGAGUUCAUCAGAAACUUCGAGACCGACAAGAACGUUUUCCCGUACCGAGAGAGUCUCGUUCACAACUCCAAGUCUCUCUUCGUGCACCUCGAAGAUCUGCUCGCUUUCGAUGCCGAGCUUCCUUCGCUCCUCCGUUCCUCUCCCGCCGAUUACCUCCCUCUGUUCGAGACGGCGGCGGCGGAGGUGCUGCAGGGUUUGAGGUUGAAGAAGCUAACGGAUGACGGGGAAAUGAAGGAGCCGGAGACCGGGGAAGUUCAGAUACUGCUGAGUUCGAAGGAAGAUCCGGUUUCCAUGAGAGCCCUAGGGGCCGACUACAUUUCCAAGCUGGUGAAGAUAUCUGGAAUCACCAUUGCUGCUUCACGAGUUAAGGCAAAAGCCACAUAUGUGAGUCUGGUGUGCAAGAACUGUCAGAGUACAAAGGAGGUUCCAUGUCGUCCAGGGCUUGGAGGUGCUGUCAUGCCACGUUCUUGUGACCAUGCUCCUCAGCCGGGUGAAGAAGCUUGCCCCAUUGAUCCUUGGAUUAUAGUUCCUGACAAAAGUAGAUAUGUUGAUCAGCAGACCCUGAAAUUGCAAGAGAAUCCUGAGGAUGUCCCUACUGGAGAGCUUCCUAGAAAUAUGCUACUUUCGUUGGAUCGUCACUUAGUUCAAAGAAUAGUACCAGGGACGAGGCUGACCAUCAUCGGAAUCUACAGCAUUUUUCAGGCAGCCAGUUCAUCAAAUAACAAUAGAGGAGCUGUUGCAGUUAGGCAGCCUUAUAUAAGGGUUGUGGGGAUGGAAGAAGCCAAUGAAGCCAGUAGUCGUGGUCAUGCAUCCUUCACACAGGAAGAGGAAGAAGAAUUUAGGAGAUUUGCCUCCAGAACAGAUGCUUACGAAGCCAUCUGCGCUAAGAUUUCUCCAUCUAUAUUUGGGGAAGAAAAUGUGAAGAAAGCUGUGGCAUGCCUGCUAUUUGGAGGUUCAAGGAAGAACUUGCCAGAUGGGGUGAAGUUACGAGGUGACAUCAAUGUGCUGCUUCUUGGAGACCCUUCUACUGCUAAAUCGCAGUUUCUCAAGUUUGUUGAGAAGACAGCUCCUAUUGCUGUUUAUACUUCUGGGAAAGGCUCAUCAGCAGCUGGUCUGACAGCUUCUGUUAUACGGGAUGGAAGCUCUCGUGAAUUCUACCUUGAAGGAGGAGCCAUGGUUCUAGCAGAUGGAGGUGUUGUGUGUAUAGACGAGUUUGACAAGAUGAGGCCUGAAGACAGGGUAUCUAUUCAUGAAGCGAUGGAACAACAAACAAUAUCCAUAGCAAAAGCAGGAAUUACUACUGUUCUCAAUUCAAGAACUUCAGUACUUGCAGCUGCUAAUCCUCCAUCAGGACGGUAUGACGAUCUCAAGACUACCCAAGAAAAUAUUGAUCUGCAGACAACAAUUCUAUCUCGAUUCGACUUGAUCUUCAUAGUGAAAGACAGAAGAGACAUGAAGCGAGAUAAGAUCAUUGCCAGCCAUAUCAUUAAGGUCCAUGCAUCUGCUGAUCAAACGGCCACAGACCACAAGGUUUCUAAAGAAGAUAACUGGCUCAAGAGAUAUAUACAGUUCUGUCGGACAACUUGUCGCCCUCGUCUCUCCGAGUCAGCAGCCACGAGACUCCAAAAUGAAUACGUCAGGUUCAGACAGGACAUGAGAAGGCAAGCCAAUGAAACAGGAGAAGCAUCUGCUGUGCCCAUCACAGUAAGACAACUUGAAGCAAUUGUAAGGCUGAGCGAGUCUCUUGCAAAAAUGAAACUGUCACAGAUUGCAACCGAGGCUGAUGUGGUUGAAGCAGUGAACCUCUUUAAGGUGUCUACCAUAGAGGCAGCACAGUCCGGGAUCAACCAGCAUGUGACUUCUACACCCGAGAUUCAGCAAGCUGAAGCUCAGAUAAAGAGAAGGAUUGGGAUAGGAAUGAGGAUAUCUGAGAGGAAGUUAAUCGAUGAUCUCAGUAGGAUGGGGAUGAAUGAAUCCAUUGUGAGAAGAGCUCUAAUAGCCAUGAACCAGAGGGACGAAAUCGAGUACAAGCACGAAAGACGCAUCAUUGUGCGAAAGUUGUGAACAUAAAAUCCUGCAGAGGAGAUGGUUUUGCAUGGCAACUAUAGGAAAGCUUGGAUGUACAAUGCGCAUUGUAGUUUGGCAUGGCAUCAAUCAGCUUGUAAUGGAUCAUCUUAGUUAGUGAAACUAAUAGGGCUAGUAUAAGAUUUUUAGAAGAAAAUAUCUAAGAAUCUAAAUUAUAUUCCAUCUUUCUUGACUGGCUCGGAUUAUCGAGUAAAAUGUCCAAGUUCUUUUUAAGACGAAUGUCAAACUAAAGUACAUAUGAAGGCGAGGAAGACUUGGAGUAAAAAAUACAACGAGCUCACUUCACGACUAGUGCAUAAUUGGAGGAAUGUACAUUUUAAUUUGGAU